AUCGACGCAAAUUCAAAUCAGUCAGGACAACAAAUCUCAAAUAUUGAAUGCCAAAAGUAAAAUUAAAGUUAUUGGUGAAGACAUGUAAGCAAGUUGCCAAGCUCUGUUGGAUAUUUCUAUAGCAAAAUAUCCUUAACCCAAUUCAACCAAUAUCCAAAACUAGAUUUUUUUAUGAAACAAAUGAAGACAGAAAUACCCAUUCCUAUACUAUAGCUAAACUUCCACAAUUUCGUUAGUCAUUCAAUUUUCAUCACAAAUAGAAAGUUCAACCAAUAUCCAAGACUAGAUUUUUUUUUAUGAAACAAAACGCCCACUACUAUACUAUAGCUAGCUUAAACUUCCACAAUUUUCAUUAGUCACUCAAUUUCCCACAAAAUCAAAAAGUAUGGCAGAUGAGGAUAUUUCAGAAAGCUUCAGUGAAUGGCAGCAAAUCCCAUCUCCAUCUCCAUCUUCACCUACAGUCAAUAAUAAUGAUACUCAAUUUUCCAAAGAAGACUUACCAAUUAAUGAUACUCAAAUAGCUGCUACAGAAAUUAUUACUUUGCCAUUGACUGAGGGUACUGAUAAUAAUAAUGAUGGGAUUCAUGAGAAAAGUGAAGGAAAUAAGUGGUUCAUCAAGAAGAAUUUAAGAGAAUUAAGUUCUUGGAUUGUUAAGCUUGCUUCCAAGAUCAGAAAUUAUGCUGCUUGUUUCACUUCUAAUAGAAGUAGAAUAUUGGCGGUGCUUUUGGUUUCCUUGUUUUAUUGGAUGAUACAGAAAAAAUGGAGGAGGCAAAGACAGAUUGAUACUUCUAAGAAACUUAUGCUUCUUAUCCAAGAAAAAGACCAGUAUGCUGAGAAUUGUGCACAAAAGCACACAAUUAUGCGCAAUUGGCAGAAACAUUACCUGAGUUGUGCACAAUUGCCCGCAGCAGCUCACAAUUGUGCGCAGUUGGCAGAAAUAUUACCUGAGUUGUGCACAAUUACCUGCAGAAGCGCACAAUUGUGAGCAGUUGGCAGAAACAUUACUUGAGUCGUGCACGAUUGUCCACAGAAAUGUAUAGUUGUGCGCAAGUUGACAGUUUACCUAGCUACAUUGGAGAGACCAUUUCAAAUAUGGGGAAGUAUGUCGACAGUUUGUUUGUAAGAUCUUCGGGAAUAGUAGCUUGAGUGUUAGAUCAUUCUUGUAAUGCCUAUAUUUGUCCUUUUUUUUGCUCCACCUCUCAAGUGUUGCACGCAGUGUCUGUUUUCAGAUUCUUUCUGUUAUAAGGUUCUUUUCCUGAUGCAUUCUGAACUUAGUAAAUUAUAUAUGGUUGGAAUCCAAGAGUGACUAAUGAGCAAUUUCUCAACUAAAAU